AUGCGUCUUCGAAGUUUCCUCUUAUCUAUCGCUUUAAUCGACGGUAUUCUUGCCGGUAGUUGGGUGAAGGUCGAGCCCUUUCACACCAAGGCGCUCCGGGCUCGUCGGGGCCAAAAGGACGGUUCCUUCACCCCUGGCACAAGCCCAGGUACAGGCGGAUCCUGUGGAGACGCGUUUGGAGCCGGGUUCACCGAAUGUGCCACGAGCGGUGGGCUGUCGCCCGAGGAAUGCGCCGCUAAGCUCAGCGUAACACUGAGCCUUACCAAGCAGCCGCAGCCUUCUCAGCAGCCGCCCGCUACGAACACACCUCCACCGCCUGCCAACCCUUCCUCCGCAAAGCCUCCAGUCGUUACCACUCACUCCCAACGCCACGAUCCCUGGAAGCGGCAAUCCGAACAGGCCGUCCGAUCACCGGAAUUCACUGGCGCUGCCAGCCCGCAGAAUGGCGUACAGGGUGCCGUCGCCGUUGUCGCUUUGCUUGGGUUUGUUCGGAAUUUCUUGUGA